AUGGAGGAAUCUGCGGCGGGAGUCUAUCAAAAGCUCAAUAAGAGCCAAAGGCAAUUUCGGCUUCUACAUCUCCAGCCCACGAAUGCCUUCAACCAGGAUGAUUCCGCCGAUAAUAUCGUGGGUGAACUGAGCGUGGAAUCUCUAGACGAUCCUCCCGACUACGAGGCCCUAUCUUAUGUGUGGGGGGAUCCGGGGAAUUGCGUCGACAUUACCGUGAACGGGUUUGACUUCCCUGCCACGCGAAACCUGUAUCAAGCUCUAAAGCGGCUUGUAUUCAAAGAUCAGGUGCGCGUCCUAUGGGUUGACGCGAUUUGCAUCAAUCAGGCCGACUUCGAGGAGCGAUCACAGCAGGUCGGCGAGAUGAGACAUAUCUACCAGAGCGCAAAGUCAGUUGUCGCGUUUCUAGGCGAUCCGUACGGCGGCAUUGAGAUAGCCCUCCGGUAUCUGACUCUCUCGGCAGAAGACGACUCGCGCCAUAUGCAGCGCGGCCUUGGCUCCCACCUAUCGGUCGGGGAUUUGGAUGCGCACAGCGAUGAGCUGGCCAUAGCGCUGAUCAAGUUGUUUUAUCUCCCGUGGUGGAAGCGCGUGUGGACUGUCCAGGAAUUUCUCCUCGCGCGGGAGGUCAUCUUCUACGGCGGCCAGCACGUCAUACCAGCCAGUAUUCUUGCCCGUGGAGCAAGCAACCUGAUAAAUCACGGUCGUCUAUGCUGCGAUCCCGAGGCGGGUUCCUUCUCGCGCAAAUUCUCCGUCGACGAAGACGAUGACAUCUCCCACGACGUGUGGCAUGGAAUCAACAACUUCCUUGGUCUCACGGCGUGGAGCGGGGCAUCCCCGGACAGCCGAUUGUUUCACUGGGUCCUUUGCGUAUUUCGUAUGCGUCUCGCCACGGACCCCCGGGACAAAGUAUACGGCCUUCUCGGACUAGCCCCGGAGGAGCUCGAUGGGCUCAUUUCCCUGGAUUACGCCGCUGAUGUCGAGCGCGUCUUUGAAACCUUCACGGUCGAGUAUGUCCAAUACUACAAGAACCUAGGUCUCCUCAGUAGUCUCGGCGGUCAACGCCGGCUUCCCAAUCUUCCUUCCUUCUGUCCCGACUGGACUAUCCGCCCCGGGAACGACGCGAGUAACGACGAGACCAUGAUGGUUCAAGUAGCCAACCGUAUAGCCGUCCAACAAUUCCACUGCGCCUCGGGCGUAUCUAAAGCUACGUGGCGACGAAUAGGCCCCGGAGCGAUUGCCGCGAAUGGUUUUGUAUUCGAUGAGAUCCGUGACGUGAGCCCGGAAUGCUGGCGUCAAUCGCAGGAGAGGCGCCGGCAAUGGGCCAAGGACAUAAGGGCGUUGGCAGGACAGGUGGAGACCAGGACAUUCUUGAGGGCCUUAUGUGGCGAAUUGACAUUUUCUGUAGAGAGACAGAUUUUCGAGCCGGUUAGAGAUGGCGAGGGCGACGUUGAAGGUCGGCUGGAAAAGUGGUGGAAGUGGAUCUUGUCUGGGGAAAAUAAUGCGACCCGAGACAAAGACGUGAUCAGCGUUGAGCAAGCCGUCUUCACCAUCAGCGCGGGCAGGAGUUUCGUCGUUACGCAGAAGGGAUACAUUGGCUAUGCUGAUCAGCACUGUCGUCCCGGUCAUGUCGUGUCCAUCCUUGGAGGAGGCCACGCGCCGUUCGUGUUGGCUCCAACAUUGUCGGGCGAAGGUGAGCCGCGACAUCGGGUUAUUGGCGAUGCAUAUAUCUAUGGAAUCAUGCAGGGAGAAGCUUUUGGUUUGGCUGCCAGACAGGCAGAUCAGCUUGACGAGAUCAUCUUAAUAUAG